AUGGUCUGGAAAAACAGAGUCAUUGAUAUUUUGUCUAGUUGGUCCAUAGACGGCAACAUGCUAACUUUUUUACACAAUUUUCUUUCCGACCGAACAAUUCAAGUUAAAGUUGAAAACACUCUAUCUGAUCACACAACAUUAGAUAAUGGAUUACCUCAAGGAUCGGUUAUCAGUGUUACAUUAUUCCUAAUCGCCAUAAAUGAUAUUUUCAACAACAUUCAAAAACCUGUCAAGUACACAUUAUUUGCCGACGAUUGUAAUAUUUAUUGUAGUGGCACUGACACUAGGUCCACUGUAGCCCUCCUACAAAACGCUAUCAACUCACUUGUACAAUGGUCCUCAUAUUCUGGCUUCAAAUUCUCACCGCAUAAAACUCAAUGCAUAAUCUUCAACAAAAAGAAAAAGAACACACUUCACCAUAUCUAUAUUAAUAACGUUCCAACAGUUUACACGGACAACAUCCGCCUACUCGGAAUGAUAUUCGAUACCAAAUUUUCAUGGGCCCCUCAUCUCAAAAAACUAAAAAUAAGCUGCAACGCCAAAAUUAAGAUCAUCAAAAUUCUUUCCCACCACAUAUGGGGAGCAGAUAAAAACAGCCUAAUAUUAAUUUACAAAGCACUAAUUUUAUCAAGAAUAGAUUAUGGCUCCAUUAUCUACAAUUCAGCCAAACCAAACAUUAAACAAAUCAUCAAUCCAAUCCACAACCAAGCAAUCAGACUAGCAAUAGGUGCCUUUCGUACCAGCCCUAUUGACAGCAUUCUAUGCAUUUCAGGUGAACCCCCACUACAAAUCAGAAGAGAUAAAAAUAUACUAAAAUAUGUUACUAAAAAACUUAGUUUCCCCAACCAAACAAUAUAUAAAUUAUUCAAGUCACCUACCCAAAUCUACACGCUCAAAGAACCAGCUACAAUUAUGGAAACUUACACACGUAUAUGCAAGAAAUCCAACUUCCAUCUCAACAUCGAAGUGUCAUCUCCGUUUCUAACAACUCCAUUCUGGCUAUAUUCCACUCAAGUUCACACUCAAUUAUCAAAUUUCAACAAAAACUCCAACCCUCAUUCCAUUAUUACCUCAAAUUUCAACGACAUCAUAAACUCAGAUUUCCAUGACUUCAACCUUAUCUACACAGAUGCAUCAAAAAAUAUAACAGGCACAGGCUGUGCAUUCAUUUCUGGAUCCGUUAAAAAACUAUACAAACUACCUACUGAAGCCAGCAUCUUCACAGCAGAAAUAACCGCCAUCAAAGAAGCAACUAUCUACGUUGAAUCCAUCCACAUAAAAAAAGCUCUUAUCAUAAGCGACUCUCUCAGUGCCUUAACUUCCUUACUAUCUCCUAAUCCGACCAAUGAAAUCUCUCAACAAAUAAUCAAUAUCAUAACUAACUCAAAAAAUAUUAUAGAGUUUAUGUGGGUCCCGUCACAUACUGGUAUCAAAGGCAACGAAGAAGUUGACCUACUAGCGAACCAAGCUAUAUCAUCCACUGAAUCAACUGUUAUAAAUUCGCUACCAUAUAAAGACCUAUCAAGAAUAAUCAACCUAAUCUCAAACAAACAGUGGCAAUCACAAUGGGACCGCACCUCGGAUAACAAAUUAAAAAAUAUAAAAAAAACCAUACAGAAAUGGCGAUCCCCCAUAAACACAACCCGUAAAGCAGAUAUAGUCACAACUAGAGCCAGAAUUGGCCACACACAUCUCACCCAUUCUUUCCUUUUCAACCAUGAAGAACAUCCAACCUGCCAUCAAUGUAACCUACCACUGACAAUUGAACAUCUCACACUCAGCUGCACCAAGUACAACAAUGAACGAAGCAUCUUAAACUUCCCCUCCAACAUCGAAGAAGCACUCGGGGAAACCAACACCGAUGCCAUCUUCAACUUUUUUAAUGCCAUCAAAGUAUCCAACCUAUUAUAA